ACGGGCGCAAGACGUUUUUAAAGCGCGGCUGGCUGAACGACGGAUGAACGAACGACGGCUCACUUGACCGCAGCGGAAGGGGAAGGGGAAGCUCAGCUUCAACCAGUCCGUCACCACUGAAAAUCUCCCAGAUCCGAACAAAGUGCACGUUGUUGUGAAGUGAGAGCCUUAUUGUGUGUAGUUUUAACUACAACAUAUCACACGUCUUACCUUUCUGUGCAAACCGUAGAAUGCGGUCGCACUACGCUCUUUUAGCUGGGUCAACGACCGAUGAACUAAUGACGGCUGAAUGAUCGCAGUCUGAAAUGGAGCCUCACACGAGGACAACCAUUUCCAACGGACUUCGCUAUGAGUGGAUUUUCUCCAGGGAGGCUCUUCCUCCUCCUCCUGCUGCUGCUGCUGCUGAACCUGAUCUGGACCGUGGAAGCUGUCCGGGUGGUGGGAGGAAACGUGUCGGUGGUUCUUGGAGAGAGCGCUACGUUACCCUGCAACCUCCUUGACACCACAGAGACGCUCACACAGAUUUCAUGGCAGAGAAUGACUAAGGGGAAGCCAGAAAAUGUGAAUUUCAUUACGAUUCUGGCUGAUAAAACACACAUCUUCAGUGCAGCUGACUAUCGGUUCAAGAACAUUGGAAACUUUACCAAAUACGAUGGAACCCUCCAGUUAUCAGACGCCACGUUGCUGGAUGAAGGCAGCUACUCGUGCAUAUUCACUCUGUUUCCCAGUGGAAAUUUCAGGACAGAUGUUACACUAAACCUGCUCGUCCCUCCAGUCGUAACGGUGAAGGACGACGCCCCUCUGUUGGGGGGUGAAGAAGCUUCCCUUGCUACCUGUACGGCGGCUGGUUCCCGGCCUCCUGCUGAGGUGAAGUGGAUUAUGGGUUCUCUGGAGGGCUCGGUCCGUUCAACCACCACCUCCACCCUUCACGAUAACGGAACCACCACCACGGUCAGCUCGCUGCUUGGAGUCCCUACCAGAGACGUCAACCAGCGUUUGGUGAGAUGUGUCGUCACCAGCGCGGCGCUGACACAAGCAAAGAGCCUGCCCUUCACGUUACAAGUGUUCUUUUCACCCACAACAGUGAACGUCACUAAAAGAUCAGAUAAUUCAUUAGAGUGUAUGACUGAAGCAAACCCAGCUGCUAGCUUCACCUGGAGCAGAGCCGACAAGUCCUGGCCUCAGUCUGGUGUCACUGUGGUCGGACCAACGCUGCAGUUGGUGAGGAACACCGAUGGCGUCGAUGGCCUCUACCAGUGUGAAGCCUCCAACCAGUACGGGAGGAGUCAUGGUUACCUCUAUGUGCAUGUGACAUCAGGCUCCCGCACGAUUUGCUGGGUAAUAUUUAGCCUUUUGCUCGUCCUGUCUGCCAUUGGUCAUGCUGCAUGGUACUACCUUUUUAUAUUCAGGCCCAAACAAAGCAGAGAAGACAGCACACAUGCAGGGAGGCAGCCUGUCCCUACAGAAGAUGAAGAAGCUGAAACACCUGUCCGGGUGGUGGGAGGAAACGUGUCGGUGGUUCUUGGAGAGAGCGCUACGUUACCCUGCAACCUCCUUGACACCACAGACACCCUCACACAGAUUUCAUGGCAGAAGAAGACUAAGGGGAAGCCAGUAGAUGGGAAUUUCGUUACGAUUCUGGCUGAUAAAACACACAUCUUCAAUGACGCUGACUAUCGGUUCAAGAACAUUGGAAACUUUACCAAAUACGAUGGAACCCUCCAGUUAUCAGACGCCACGCUGCUGGAUGAAGGCAGCUACUUGUGCAUAUUCACUCUGUUUCCCAGUGGAAAUUUCAGGACAGAUGUUACACUAAACCUGCUCGUCCCUCCAGUCGUAACGGUGAAGGACGACGCCCCUCUGUUGGGGGGUGAAGAAGCUUCCCUUGCUACCUGUACGGCGGCUGGUUCCCGGCCUCCUGCUGAGGUGAAGUGGAUUAUGGGUUCUCUGGAGGGCUCGGUCCGUUCAACCACCACCUCCACCCUUCACGAUAACGGAACCACCACCACGGUCAGCUCGCUGCUUGGAGUCCCUACCAGAGACGUCAACCAGCGUUUGGUGAGAUGUGUCGUCACCAGCGCGGCGCUGACACAAGCAAAGAGCCUGCCCUUCACGUUACAAGUGUUCUUUUCACCCACGACAGUGAACAUCACUAAAAGAUCAGAUAAUUCAUUUGAGUGUAUGACCGAAGCCAACCCAGCUGCCAGCUUCACCUGGAGCAGAGCUGACAAGUCCUGGCCUCAGUCUGGUGUCACUGUGGUCGGACCAACGCUGCAGUUUGUGAGGAACACCGCUGGCGUCGAUGGCCUCUACCAGUGUGAAGCCUCCAACCUGUACGGGAGGAGACAUGGUUACCUCUAUGUGCAUGUGACAUCAGGCUCCUGCACGGUUUGCUGGGUAUUAUUUAGUCUUUUGCUCGUCCAGUUUGCCAUUGGUCUUGCUGCAUGGUACUACCUUUUUAUAUUCAGGCCCAAACAAAGAGAAGAGAGCACACCUGCAGGGAUGCAGCCUGUCCACACUGCAGAAGAUCAACCUGAAACACCUAUAUGAAGCUCAUGUUAAAUGUGAACGUAUGUAUAGUAGUAUAGUAGUAGAAAGUAGUUCAUGAGACUAAGUGUCUUAUGAUCUACUUUCCCAAGCGCAUUAACAGUAUCAGUUCAUGGUGCAACAGUCCAACUGUUGGUGAGCCUUGGUCGCCUUUUUUUUGAGUACUUUCAUUUUGCUUCGGCAGGUUUACCCUCGUGCUUUAGGACGGAAGAAUGAGCGAAUAUACGUCCUGCAGUAGGUCAACGAACAGACCUCACCACGGCUCCAAAGGUGAAGAGAUGCAGUUUUCCAACCAUCAGCCUUAACUGUUCAUAUGAGAAGCACAUACAGUAAAUACAGUACAUAAGAAAUCAGGUUACUGAGAGAAAUUAUUUAAAUUCUCUGUUAGACUAUGACUAGUCACAGCUUCUAUAACUAAUUCUACUUUUCCACUAAAAUUUACUGACAGUGUAAAAGAUCCUGCUGUGUUUAAGUUUUUCCAUCAGACAACGUGUCCAGAGACAUUUGUUACAUGAUUAAGUUCAUGCUUUAUGGUUUUGUAAUAAGCUAUACAUAUAAGAUAUUUUUUGAGGCUCUUCAGAGUCUCACAGAUUAUUCUCACUGUCAGCAAAUCCUGUCUUAGUGAGCAAAUUUUUUUGCUUUGUUUGUUAUCUUGUUCUACAUUAGUCUUUUAUUUAUUUGAUCUGAAACAUUGCAAAUGUGUCUGAUCUGUCGCAUCAUCAGUGUUUUAGGAGUCCUGUGACCAAUGUAACCUCCUCUGAGCUGCACUGAGACUAAGUGUCUCAGGAACUACUUCCCCAAGCGCAUUAACAGUAUUAGUUUAUGGUGCAACAGUUCAACUGUCGGUCAGUAUUUGAGUACAGUUCUCCUUUUUUUUGAGUACUUUUGUUUUUGCUUUGGCAAGUUUACCCUCGUGCUUCAGGACAGAUAUUAGUGAAUGUAUGUCCUGCAUCAGUGCAGUAGAUCAACGUGCUAACAGACCUCACCACGGCUCCAACGGUGAAAGGAUGCGGUUUCCCAACCAUCAGCUUCACUAUAACUGUUCAUAUUAGAAGAGCAGCGUGUAGCACGUACAAUAAAUACAGUACAUAAGAAACCAGGUUACUGACAAAAAAGUUGACUGGAAUUAGACAUAUUACAAAGACAAUUUAACAAAACUUUAGCAAAACCAAAAGUCCAGCAAACCAAAACAUGCAGCAUUAAGAAAAUCACAAGUUUUCUACACAUCAUUGACCGAAUAUAACCUGUGACCAAUGUAACCUCCUCUGAGCUGCCCUGCUUUCAGCUUCAUGUUCCUUGUCAUGUUCCUGUCAUGUUCCUGUCAUGUUCCUGUCAUGUUCCUAGUCAUGUUCCUGUCAUGUUCCUAGUCAUGUUCCUGUCAUGUUCCUGUCAUGUUCCUAGUCAUGUUCCUGUCAUGUUCCUAGUCAUGUCCUGGUUUUAUUUUGAAAGGAGUUUGUUUUCAUUCAUGUUGUCAUGUUUUAGUUCCGUUUUUAUUUUGUAGUACUUCCUGUCUCACUCAUGCUGCACCUGUUCUCCAUGCUAUUCCCAGUUUAUCACGCACACCUGACAGUCAUCCCGUAAUCAAGCACCAGUAUUUAGUCACCACCUCACGCACCAGUCAGACGCCAGAUCGUCGCAUGUACACACCACUUUCCAGCACUCUCGUAUAGUAGUGAUGGGUCCGGCAACACAGAUGCGUCGGCGCCUGCGUCGAGCUCUUAGAGCGAAACACUGUGUCGGUGCGCGUAUCGCGUCGGGAAAGCACGUGACCGAUACAGUUCCUGUAUCAGUCACUGUCUGACGCGCCAGACUGUGUUUAUAAGGAAGCGCAUGUGUCGGGCUGCAUCUGCCGAAUGGAAUCCCUGAGCGUUUGCCGUUCAUCGUCAAAUUCAUCUAUAAUUCAUCUCAUAUCGGAAAAUAAGGUUUCUUUUGUGAUUUAAUUUUAUAAUAAAGUGAAAGUGUAUUAUUAAAUUAAUUAAUUAAUUUUAAAAAGUUUUCACUUGAUCUAUUUGAAUUCAGAUUAAUUUCCAAAGUGACUCUUUACUAAUCAUAUUGUUUUAUGCAGGUUAAAUUUCGUAUUUAUUCGACAGAACUUUUCUAUUAAAAAAAAAAAACCUCAGUGUGUUGACCCCAGCAACACUUCUAGACCCCAGAUUUAAAUCACUCUGGUUCCGCAGUUCCUCCAAGUGCAAUGAGGCCGUCAGUAGACUGCAGGCAGAACAGCAGCUGUCUGCACCCACUUCAGGCAUGUUAUUCAGCAUUAUUUGUUUCUUGUUGUUUGGAAAUGGUGUACUAAAAUGGCAUUGUAUUGUUUCUAGAUAAGGUGUCAGAUGAGUCCGUCAACUAGGUUGGCUGUAGGGAGUUUUAAUGUCCAGUAGGUGUCAGUAUUCAGUGACACAGUAUCGGCACAGUAUCAAUACAGUUUUGCAAUGUGUCGAAACGUUUCAUGACGCCUCAUCUACCCAUCACUCUCGUAUAGCUUACCUUGUCUUGAUCGCGUUUGCACCUGAUUCCCGAUUCCUGCCUGCUCCUUGCCUGUACCAUUGCUGUGAAUAUCCUGGUAACGUACCUGUUCCUUACCUGUACUUCUGCCGUGUUCACUCGUAGUUGAAACCUCGCCUGUCCCCGGAUUUGAGUUUGCCUGUUCCUUUUGUACUCACGCCUGAAGUCCUCUGUGAAUAACCCUGCUUGCCUUGCCUUUAAAUAAAACUGUCAUCACUUAAACCACCAACCUGUCUGCGCUGUGCAUGUGGGUCCAAUACCUGCGCAUUCCUGACAAGCAGCCACAGCGAUAUAUCAAUGGUAUUGAGUCUUUAUGCUCUAGAAGGAAAAAAAAUGUUCAGAUCAUUUUGUUAUGAAUCUAAAAUGCUGUCAUGUAAAGUAGAUUGUCUGUAGAUGCUAAAGUGGAUGUAGAACGUUAACGCUCUGUGGUUGCUCAGUAUCUGAGGUCGUUUGUUUCUAGAUGAUAAACCAGUUUAACUCUUCUGCUGCACUAUGUGUGUUGUUCAUUUCAAGUAAUGAAGUUUGCUUCAAGUAAUCUGUAUAUAAAGGUGACAUAGUUUAGUAGGUGUGUCAUUGGUCCUGUACUGUAGCUCAUUGUUUAGAUGGAUUUGAGUCUCUUUGGGUGCUUUGCAUACCGUUAAGGGGUUGGGCUGAUAAAACUGUCACAUCCAACGUCUUUUGUUCCACGCUACUAUAAGAAGUUGGAGGUUGGUGGUGUCUUCUUCUUGGAGUUUGAGUAGCCCCUUUGUAACGCAUACUUUAUAUAUUCACUAUAAAUAAGUGUUCUUUUUUUAUGAUGUGUGCAUUUGAGCUUUAGCUCAAUAGCCUGUUAGCUCAGUGGGUAGAGCAUUGACCUGGGAAGCAGAUUCAAACCCACCAGAGCUCCAGCUGGGUCCUUGAGUAAGACAUCCUUGCAUGGCAGCACACUGCUCCCCCAGGGGAUGGGUUAAAUGCAGAAGACCAAUAUUGUUGUUACGUUGUAAAAUAUGUGAUAAUGACAAAUAAAGGCUUUCUUAGCUUAA